AGGACUGCCCUCAACCCUGAAAGUUACGUCCAAUUGCAUAUUUUGGAUAUCAUGGAGUGCUCCGAGGACCCCGCGUUCAGAACUUUACCCCAGACUCUCUUUUCAGGUCGUCGGUGUGGAGAGUAAUGAGGACAAGAGCGAGCGCUACUCCUGGGACGACACUUAUAGACCAAAUGACCAGAGUAGAAAAGGGACUCAUCAUCGCCGACACGAGUUUUCCCCAGAGUCCGGAUCAAAACACUGAGUUCGACACGGAAAAGGAGUAACCAGAUUCAUCAUGACGGUUUCUAUCAAAGAAGACGCCUAUCUCGACGAGAAGAAGACUAUCGCCGAUACGGAGAAGGUCGAGCAGGUGACCCAAGAGUAUGAUGAGGAUACUAGAGCCCUCGAGAAACGGCUUGUACGGAAACUCGACAUGACCCUGAUGCCGGUGGUCUGGGUUUUGUACUUUUUCAACUACAUGGAUCGUAACAAUAUCGCUCAAGCAAAAUUGAACAGCUUCGAAAAAGACCUUGGCCUGAAGGGCAAUCAAUUCAACGUCGCCGUCUCGAUUUUAAAUGUUGGUUAUGUUCUCAUGCAACUCCCCUCCAACAUGAUCCUCACGAAAGUUCGACCUUCCAUCUAUAUUCCGGCCUGUGCAAUGCUAUGGUCUUGUGUCUCAGCUGCGACAUCGGGUGUGCACAAUUACGGUGGGCUCAUUGGUGUUCGAUUUGUACUUGGUAUCGUCGAAGCUCCUUUCUGGCCUGGUGCAUUCUACAUGCUCAGCUCAUGGUACACUCGAAAAGAACUUGCCUUGAGAACCGCUGUACUAUACAGUGGUUUGGUACUCGCUACGGCAUUCUCCGGCCUGGUCGCUGCUGGUGUAUUUGCAGGUCUCGAUGGCGUUCGGGGUCUUGCUGGUUGGAAAUGGCUGUUCAUUAUCGAAGGUGCUGCAAGUUUCUUUGCUGCCAUCGUCUCCAUGUUCAUCCUUCCCGACUUUCCCGAGAGCACUAGCGGCAGCGGUAGAUGGCUGUUCAACGAGGCAGAGAAAAAGCUAGCAGUAGAUCGCAUUGCAAGAGACAGGGUGUCUGCUCCUCAGGUUGACGAAAGCAUCAUGCAUGGCCUGAAGCUCGCUGUUUCGGACUACCGAACGUGGGUUUUCUCUCUGAUGCUUUGUGCGAAUCAUUCCGCCUACGGCUUCAACAACUUCUUCCCUUCGAUUGUCAAAGGCUUCAAUUUGGGUUCCCGCACCAUCACCCUCGUCUGUACUGCACCGCCUUACCUCGUAGGAACAGUGGUUUCCUUUGCCAUUGCCUUCUCCAGCGAUCGUAACAAGGAGCGUGGUUUCCACAUCUCCGUACCACUUUGCGUCGCCGCUGCCGGAUUCAUCAUUACCGUUUCCACGCUCAACGUACCCGCCCGGUAUUUUGCCUCCUUUCUAUACAUCGGCGGAUGUUUCGGUUCAAAUGCUAUUGUUUAUACAUGGGCUGCAUCGACAUUGAACCAGACCCCGGCGAAACGAGCGUGCGCAACAGCCAUUGUCAACAUCAUGAGCCAAAUGGGAAAUAUCUAUAGCCCAUAUUUCUUCAGACCACAGGAUGCACCGCGUUACAUCCCAGCUAUGUUACUGAUGAUGUCAUUCUCCAUCAUUAGUAUCGUCACCUGCAUGGUUAUGAAGACGUUGCUCCGCAAGGCAAACAACAAUCUCCUCAAGAAGGAGGAGGAAACCGGUAUUAAAGCAGUAUUGUACCCGCUAUGAUUGGUUCAACGGGCUAUGUGGAAAAGGAAACUGAAUUGGGAAACUCGUAUUCGUCUUCUAUCAAGCAUGGAGAAAUGGAGAAUGGAGAACAGGAGAAGGCUGAGAAUUUGUUUCGAAGAUAGGAUGUGGUACUAGUUCAUGUUAACAGUUAUCAUCGCGCGACGAUUGAAUUUUGGAUUUACAUCGAAAUUACGAUAGAUAAACACCAACUUCUCUGUGAAAUCUUU